UAUGGCCAUCGUAGUGACAUUCGUGGCUUAUCAGUGUCGUCAUCCAACAACGCGAUAGUUUCUGGAGGUGGCAAUGAGCCUGAUGAUAUGGAACACACAUUCCUUCGACCCGUUGCUUCUCUUCAAAAUGAGGCCAUGCUGGACGUGACGGCAGUCGUUUUCACCCAAGGAGAUGGGCAUGUGGUGGCAGCAACAAAGACAGGCGAACUAUUUCUGUGGGAUGUGGCAGGAUGUGAAUUGCUGGAAUCUCGCAAAGGACAUGAGGGUACAAUUUGGAGAGUCAUGCACUCUCCGGAUGGCAAGCAAUUGUUAUCUGUGUCAUCUGACAAACGUGCGAAAUUCUGGGCUUACGAGGUUGUUGCUGAAGGAACU